GAGACGGCGGCGAAGGUCGGGACGUAAACAUGGCAGCCCGCAGUAUGCUGAGGUCUGUGUGGACCUCAUUUUCGGGCUUGAAAGUAGUGAAUGUUAAUGUCCAACAGGUGAUAAAUGUUCCCCAACUAUCGGCUUUAACCAUUCAGAGUCGAGGGAUCCGCCAAGUGGUGAAGAAGCAGGAGGGCAAAACAACAACGAUUGAGGGACAAAUAGUGGACGUUCUAACGGGACCACAGCCUCCCAACCCCGCAGCCAAGUGUCCGAUCUACAGAUGGAACCUGCAACACAAAUACAACUACACGGAUGUCCUGUUGCUUAGUCAGUUCAUCAGGUCAGAUGGAGGGUUGAUGCCAAGGAGAAUCACCGGUCUCUGUCCUGAGGAGCAUCGCAAGAUUGCCAUCUGUGUCCAGAUGGCCCACAGAGCAGGUCUGCUCCCUGACCAUAAACCCCAACUUCCAGUGGGCCACGUCCCAAAGAAGACCAAGCCACAACUUAACAGAUACCUCACUCGCUGGUCCAUCGACACGGUGAAACCCAUAUAUAGAACUGGACUGAAGUGGUGUAAGAAGCGCAUGGCUGUCGGCGACCCAGCUCUCAAGGACAAUGUGCGUUACAGUGUGAAGCCCCUUAAUAUAAAACACUGACGGCCUGACGAAUCGCUUCAGCAACCGGAUGAGAGUGGGUGGAUCUUUUCUUCUUUUUUUUUUAAUGCGAAGACGCAGUUUCAAGUGGAUUAACUUUUGUCAUACCUCCCUGGGAAAGGGUUUGAAAGCUUCAACCAUCUGUAUUUAUUCUACCUUUUUGUUUAUCAAGCUGAGUCACCCUAGUAAUGAAGCAUGCGCAGCCCGACCUACCACCAUCUCUUCUGUCUCUGCUGGUUUUCAAAAAGCCCUUAAAGUGAAUUCUGCAACAACUUAAUGAAAGCAACAACUGGGUCAGUGUAACAAUUUCAAAGUAGGUGGUAUGUCGACUGUAUACUCGGAUGUGCAAAUAAAAUGUGUCUGAUUA